AUUGACUACUAGCUAUGUAUUCAUUCUAUCAAUCGUACAGACUGCGCUGRAUUUACGAGCUAAGUUACUAAGAUGAUAAUGGAAGAAUCGCUCUGGAAUAAUUUUGACAUUAAAUGYUUCAACAAAGAACUUGAGGAUUUUGAUAGCGGUUGCUCCUCCAUGCCAUCUUCUCCAAGCAAUUAUAGUGAUUUUUCUGGCUCCAGUAAUGAUGAWUGCAAUGUUAAUGAUCUUCUGACCAAGAAAAUUGACAUCCUGGAUAUGGAUUUGGACCAAAUGACAGAAGAAGCAAUUGUUAACCCGUUCAUAAAAAUCAGGACAGAAAAUGAUUUACAGGAGGAUUUUUGCAAAAAUGACGACUUGUUAACAGAAAGUGAUGAGUUGCUUGGAAUGUUAAUGAAUGGAUAUGAACUAUUCAAAGAAGACAGCUCUACAUUUGAUAAUGAAAAGGAUGUUAGCUUGUAUGAUGACAAAGGUGUGGAGAAAACCAUUCAAAUCGGCGUGCAAGGGCAAUCUACUUUGACACCAGCACAGCCAACUGUAGGGCCCCAGUGUAGAAAGAAAACACUCUCAAGUAGAAAUGUUUCUGAUCACACCUAUGCCUGUGAAGAGGUAUCAAAUGAUGAUAAUGAAAAAUAUCCAAAAGAUGAAAGUUACUUAGAAAAACGAAGAAGAAACAAUCUUGCUGCUAAAAAGUCAAGGCAAUUGAAAAGAUCUAAGGAAAUAGAAAAUUUGAAAUAUUUUGAAAAACUCUCCAAAGAAAAUAAGAGUCUACUGAAAGAACUCAAAAAGCUGCAGUCUUUGGUUUCAAAACUUGAAGUCAAAUUAAAUUAGCAUUCUUGAAUGAUGGCACUUCCUUUUGGCUUGUUAAUUAAAUUGUAAAUAUUUGAAAUAUAUAUAAGUCUAUUAUGAAUAUCAGUUGUCACUUCCCAACAUUGAAAAUUAGCCUGUGUACAUCUGUUUCUCACCCCUCAAAAAAUCGGGGAGAGAACGAUUUUUUGAGGGGUGAGAAACGGAUGUACACAGGCUACAUUGAAAAUAGACCAGAAGCAUUAUUGGCAUUUCAUAAUUUAUAAAUUCCUAGUGAAUUCUUCGCACCAGUAAUAUCGAUGGUUUCGAAUACAAUUACACAAAAUUUGUAAUAUGUUCUAUAUGAUAGCGAUCAGUGAUGCUAGAAAGAUCGUGAUUCGGAGGAGAGGGAUCUUUAUCAUGAAAACACUUAAUGUUUAUGGUCUUUUUUCUUGUCACUGACAAACCUGAUUGAAAGAUGUUUGUAUAUGUAUAUAACAAGAUUGUGAAUAUUUAUAUUGUGCUGCAGUUGUGAUAAGGAAAAAUUGAUUUUGAUAAUAAAAGCAUUUCGUUCAUUUGUAAAUAUAA